AUGUGGAGAGAAAGAGAUGGGGUCUCCGAACGUUGGCAGCUAAUAUACAAAGCGCCAAUGGACACUGCCCUCAAAUUCGCUACGACAUAUUUGUCUUUUACAACUGGAAUAAUUGGUAUUGGGGGAAUCUACUAUGGAGCAUUUGUUUACGAUGUUGCAGAUAUUAAUAAACCUAUAGUGAUUGGUGAUGAUGUUGUGAUAGCUAAUAGUACUAUUGAAUGCCUCACCUAUCUAGGCGCAUUCAUUGCGCUACACUUUGCAGUAAAACUAGUGUUGGCAAAGUAUGUAGUCAGGCUUUAUAAAGAUGGUGAUGAAUAUAUCGCUAUAUUUAGAGGUCACCUCUGGAAUUCUAUCAGGAAACAUAAAUUUAAUUUAAAAGAUUUUCAUAAAAUUAACCCCAGUGUAGUAGUGCCAUGGACUGAGUCGAGGUAUAGUUUAGGCAGUAAAAAAGGAAUUUUAAUGGAAAACUACUUUAAGACACCUGAAUAUUACCAUUAUUUAAUAAAUAAAAAGGAAUUACAAGAAGAAACAGAGUAA